CAUCCGCUCCCUCGUAUAUAACUGCGCAACUGUCUCUUUAUCUUACAAAAAACAAAGCCUCUCCUUCUCUGACUUCUUCCUCUCUUCCUCCGUUCUCCCCUCGCACUCCUAAAAACGCAAACACAAACACAAACACUGCUUAUCCACCAUUCUUCAAGAAAAAGAAAUAGAAAAAAGCACCAUCAAUCACUUGUGUUGUUUCCUUCUAAAAUCUUUAUCCAAAAAGAAAAAAAAAAGUGAAGAUGCCUGCUACAGAGCACCAGCCAUCAUUUCUUGGCAGAAUCAGCAUUAGAAGAAAUCAGGUAACUGCUAUGGAUGGUAACCAUGAGCAAGAGCUAGAAGACUUGGAGCUUUUUCAAAGACACAUCGGUGAUCGUUUUGCUGAAUUACUAUCACCUCCUGAUAAUCAAGAUUCUCCUUUCUCUGGCGAGUCAUUUCUCUCAAUUUCUUGGCUAAGAAAACUAGUCGAUGUUUUACUGUGCUGUGAGGCAGAAUUCAAAGCUGUUUUAAUUAUGGGGCGUGACCCUUCUCAAAUAUCUAAACCACCUUUGGAUCGUUCACUAAGUGAUUAUAUGGAGCGUGCUGUUAAAGUUCUUGACAUUUGUAAUGCGGUUUCUGGUGGGGUUGAUUCUAUUCGCCAAUGCCAAAAAUUGGCUGAGAUUAUUGUUUCUGCUUUAGAGCAGAAACCAAUUGGUGAUGGUCAAGUUAAGCGAGCUAAAAAGGCUUUGAGUGCUUUGAUGUCUGCUUUGGCAAUUGAUGAUAAAGAAAGUAAUCAUCCAAGGUAUGCAGAGAGAACUUGGUCUUUUGGAAGGAGAGGAAAUAACAGUGGGGGUAAUCAUAAGGACCGAGCUAAUCAUGGCUCCUUUCGAUCUUUAUCAAUGGUUGUGGCUAAAAACUGGUCUGCCGCAAAACAGAUUCAGGCCAUGUGUUCUAAUUUGGCGGUACCGAGAGGCGGAGAAUCAACAGGGUUGGUUCAGCCAGUUUAUAUAAUGAGUAAUGUUAUGGUUUUUGUGAUGUGGGCUCUUGUGGCUGCGAUACCAUGUCAAGAAAGGAGUGGGUUGUUGACUCAUUUUCAGAUUCCAAAGCAAUUUGGGUGGGCACAUAGCAUAAUUGGGAUGCAGGAGAAGAUUGGAGAGGAAUGGAAAAAGAAAGAGAAGAAAGGGUCAGCUGGAUUGCUAGAGGAGAUGCAAAGGAUGGAGAAGUUGGGGCAGAGUUUGAUUGAAUUUGCUGAUGGAUUCCAAUUUCCUGCGGAGGAUGAGAAGUUGGAGGAAGCGGCUGCACAGGUGGCGGAGCUGGCAGAGAUUUGCCGGAGAAUGGAAGAAGGAUUGUUGCCUUUACAGCAGCAGAUCAGAGAGGUGUUUCAUAGGAUUGUAAGGAGCAGGACAGAGGUACUUGAUUUGUUGGAUCAUGGGAAAGUUUCUCAACCUAUAAUAUAAUGCAAGUCCGGACUUUUGUCCAAGAUGGGGACUUGAAAGUUUGAAAAUAUUUUAGGUACUUUCGCGAUUGCAGGUUCAUGUGGGUAGAUGAACAUGGGCAUAUGUUGAACGUCAAUGUGAUUCUUCAUACAGGUUUUUUUUUUUUUUCUUUUUCCCCCCUCGUUACUGGAGAUUAUAUGGCUCCA